ACAUAGCCCGCGAGCCGGUAGAGUCGAAUUCCCCUUCGAAAAUUUUCGGCUACCCAAAUUUUGGAAUUUAAAAAGCGCCCUUUCCAUUUUAUCUGAUUCUGGUGCGAGCCCCCCGGGCUUGUGGCCGUGGGUCUCGCUUCCGUAGAAAUUCCCCUGCCGACUCGUUCAUCCGCGGCUUAUCAAAUUGGGCUUUCAGCAGCGCUUGUUAGCUCGACGAAGAUGGCGGAGCUCUCUCUCGUGACCUCACCAACCUUUUCGCCGCCUAUUUUUCAUCAGGAGCUUCAAACUCAUUUUCCUACGCAUGGCAGAAGGCAAGAUAUAGUGAGAUGCGGUUUUUUACAUCUCAAUUCUCAUCAUCUCGAUGAUCGAGGACAACGCAAUUCUCUAUCUUCAGAUUGUGGCCCAUCAUGUAUUAUUCCAAUGGAGAAAAAACCUGUUCUUAUUGACGUGCAAGAUUCUCGCCCUGAUUCCAUCCUUUUCAGUUUUGGGAUUGCUGGACAGUGCACUAGACAUGAAAAGAUUCUAAAGUUUCUUACUUCUGGAUCUAAGUUGACCGAACAAGGCCUAAAUAUGGCUUUAUUAUCUGACCUCAUGGGAUUUCGGAAUGUGGCUAUCGGCGUGUGUCAUCAGGCAUUUAUUCCUAAUCUGGAUCUCUGUCUUUAUGAAAUUGGAAUGGCUGAGCCCCAGCUUUUCCUGAAUCCACAAAGUCACUUUUAUACCCCUCAUUCGCUGUUGAGCUUUUUUGGAAAUAAGCCACAGAUAUCUGUCUUAACUGUUAAUAGAAGUGGACAGGUUUUAUUUACUGGUAAUGAAGCGGAAAUGCAAGAUCUACUUUCGAUGAUCGCAGAGUUUAAUCUGUCAAAAAGAUCGACAGGUGGUAGCAAGCUUCCAAUGCUAGUUCCAUACUUUACAAGGAAGUUUCGUGCACAUUCACGAGCAAACAACCAAGUGUCUUCCCUGGGGCUACACAGUGAGACAGUCGCACCUUUGAAAAGCUCUCACAAUCUCAAGUGGAAGGCAAUGCCGAAGAAGAAAGAAACCAAAAAAGCAGGAAGAAAGCGUGAUUUGUACCAUAAGAAUUAUUUCCAUGCCUGUGAAAGUCUUUUAACGCUGAUUUUAGAUAAAAACAAAGGCACUACGGCUACACUCUCGCUGAAGAAAUCAGGGCGUGAGAUCUCCCAGCUCCUUACACAACUUUCUGCGGGCAUUGCUGGAACAGGCCUCGCUGUUCUCUUCUCCAUUGGAUGCAAAAUGGCUGGCGGGAGGGUACCUUUUUGCACUACCAAGCUCUUGAACACUGGAUUUGGACUCGGGCUGUUUUGGCUCUCAUGGGCAGUCUACGGAUUAAGAGACACAAUUAUCUCUAUCAGCAAGAAAUCGGGUCCGCUAAAGCUGGAGGAGGAAGAAGUUGCUGGUAAGAUUGAGAAAAGCAUGAAUGAUGUUCUAUUCAGAGCUGCAGCUUUGGUGGCAGUGGCGGCAUUGAGAUUUGUAUAAACUUUGUUAGUUUAAAACUCUCUUAUAUUUGAGGAACCUGUCCAUAUAUUUGACCAUAGAAGAUGACUUUGUUUUGUUUUAAGCUGCUUUUGUUGGUGAUUUUGUCCAUAAGAUCUGAGCUGCGAAUAUCUGUACAUUCUACUGUCUCAUACAAUUUGGUGCUCCUUUGUAAUGUGCAAGUCAAGCUGCUUUCUUUGCUUAA